GGGAGCGCGCAGAUACGCACCGGGAACGCGAAGCAGAAACAGAUCAGACAGCAGGACGGUGGGUGAGCUGAGAGACAGACCGCACGAAGUAGUGGCGAUAAAACACACCUGACCCUUUGGUUUCUGCGGCGGCGUUUUCUCCCUUUGUGGACUAACGUUACGGGAAGUUUUAUACAACAGCACAGACGCUUGGAGAGGGUCACAAAGGCAGUCCACCAUGUCGGGGAGCAGGGAGGAGGAGAGGAGGAAACUGGCCGACAUCAUCAACCACUGGAACGCCAACCGGCUCGACCUGUUCGAGAUCAGCCGGCCGACAGAGGACUUGGAGUUCCAUGGUGUGAUGCGGUUCUACUUCCAGGACCGGGUCGCCGGUAACUUUGCCACCAAGUGUAUCAGAGUCUCCAGCACAGCGACAACGCAGGAUGUCAUCGAGACGUUAGCUGAGAAGUUCAGACCAGACAUGAGGAUGCUCUCCUCGCCAAAAUACUCCCUUUAUGAGGUCCAUGUCAGUGGCGAGCGUCAGCUGGACCUGGACGAGAAGCCUCUUGUUGUUCAACUGAACUGGAACAAAGACGACAGAGAAGGACGGUUCGUCCUAAAGAACGAAAAUGACAUUCUGCCCAAGAAGAGUCAGAGUAAUGGACCAGAGAAGGAGAAGGACGGAGUGAUACAGAACUUCAAGAGGACUUUGUCCAAGAAGGAGAAGAAGAAGGAAAAGAAGAGGGAGAAGGAGUUUGCUCGGAUCCCUGAUGGAGAUGAACAGGCGCUCAGCCGGGAGGACGGGGAAAACAGUCGCCUGGCAGCAGAAGUUUACAAGGACAUGCCAGAGACCAGCUUUACCAGGACAAUCUCAAACCCAGAGGUGGUGAUGAAGAGGAGACGCCAGCAGAAACUGGAGAAACGCAUGCAAGAGUUCAUGAGCAGUGAUGGGAGGCCAGACUCAGGUGGCACUUUGAGGAUAUACGCUGACAGUCUGAAGCCCAACAUCCCUUAUAAGACCAUUCUGCUCUCCACGAGAGACACCGCUGACUUUGCUGUGGUGGAGGCGCUGGAGAAGUAUGGACUAGAGAAGGAGAAUCCCAGAGAGUACUGCAUUGCUCGGCAAGACGAUAAGUCAGGCAAAGAGGUAAUUCUGGAUGACUUGGAGUGUCCACUGCAGAUCUUCAGGGACUGGCCUGCUGACAGAGGAGUGUUAGUGUUUCAGCUGAAGAAGAGACCUCCUGACUACCAGGGGAGGAAGGGAAGGAAAGUGGACGACAAGGGCGUCCGAGGGAAGGACAGCUCGCUGCCGCCUGAAAAACUGCCUUAUCUGGUGGAGCUGAGCCCAGGGCGAGGGAAUCACUAUGCCUACUACGCCUAUCGGCACCACGAAGACGGGUCUGACUCAAGGGACAAACCAAAGCUAUACCGGCUUCAGCACAGCAUCACUGAGGUCGGCUCGGACUGCACAGAGGACGGAGCCAUCCAGCUGCUCGGCCCGGGGAUUCUGCCCCACCACUGCAACCUCAUGCACAGUGAAGGCAUGGUGACUGUGACGCCACACGGCCCCGACGCCGACACAUUUGUUGACGGACAGCGCGUCACUGAGACGACGGUGCUGCGUUCAGGCUCCACCCUCCAGUUUGGUUCUGCUCACGUCUUUAAGUUUGUGGACCCGAUGUUCGACCAGGGAGGCAAGAGAGAACCAGCUGCCAUGAUGAGGGGCCGACACAAGUCUGGCAGUGUACCAGAAACCACCUUCGACCUUCACGGAGACGUCCACAGUGGAGCUGCCCUGCCCACCAGCAAGAGCUCAGGAAAGCUGGAGAUGGAGAGAGGCAUGGUCAAACCCAUGAUCAGAGGAGAACAGCAGGACAGCAGGUCUCAGGACAUUUCAGCUGACAGAACAGAGUUGACUCUUCCAGCCAGCAUCGAGUUCAGAGACAACUCUGAAGACACCUUCCUCUCCGCCAUCAUCAACUACACCAACAGCUCCACAGUUCACUUCAAGCUCUCGCCCACUUACGUCCUGUACAUGGCCUGCCGCUACGUCCUGUCGCCCUCUUACCGUCCCGAUAUGUCGCCGUCAGAGAGGACGCACAAAGUCAUCGCCAUCGUCAACAAGAUGGUGAGCAUGAUGGAAGGCGUCAUCCAGGAGAUUCCUGAAGGGGAUCAGAAGCAGAAGAACAUUGCAGGAGCGCUGGCUUUCUGGAUGGCCAAUGCCUCCGAGCUGCUCAACUUCAUCAAACAGGACCGAGAUUUGAGUCGGAUCACGCUGGACGCCCAGGACAUCCUCGCUCAUCUGGUCCAGAUGGCCUUCAAGUACCUGGUUCACUGUCUACAAGCUGAUCUGAACAACUACAUGCCUGCCUUCCUAGAUGACCCAGAGGAGCAUAAUCCACAGAGACCUAAGAUCGAGGACGUCCUGCACACACUGACAGGUGCCAUGUCGUUGCUGCGGCGGUGUCGGGUCAACGCCGCUCUGACCAUCCAGCUCUUCUCGCAACUCUUCCAUUUCAUCAACAUGUGGCUUUUCAAUAAGCUGGUGACAGAUACAGAGUCGGGGCUGUGUUGUCACUACUGGGGAGCCAUCCUCCGGCAGCAGCUCAGCCACAUCGAGGCCUGGGCUGAAAAACAGGGUCUGGAGCUCGCUGCUGACUGCCACCUUAGUCGAAUUGUACAGGCUACCACUCUGCUGACCAUGGACAAAUACUCCAUGCAGGAUGUGCAGAACAUCCAUAAUACCUGCUUCAAGCUGAACUCCCUGCAGCUCCACGCCCUCAUGACCAACUAUCACUGUGCCCCAGAUGAGCCGUACAUCCCACCUGAGCUGAUAGACCACGUGGUGGCAGUGGCCGAAAACACAGCCGAUGAGCUGGCGAGGAGUGAUGGCAGAGAGGUCCAGCUGGAGGAGGAUCCAGACCUCCAGCUGCCCUUCCUCCUUCCUGAAGACGGCUACUCCUGUGACGUGGUGCGCAGCCUCCCCAACGGACUUCAGGACUUCCUGGAGCCUCUGCUGCAGAGAGGUUUUUGUAGGUUAACGCCACAUCCACGCUCGCCUGGUACCUGGACCGUCCACUUUGAAGGAGCUGACUGCGACAGUCACUUCUCUGCAGCUGACACCUCUGAAAUGCCAAUGAGGAAAGAGCCGGAGGUUGUCACGGUAACCCUGAAGAAGCACAACGGCAUGGGCCUCAGCAUCGUGGCUGCCAAGGGUGCUGGUCAGGAGAAGCUGGGCAUCUACAUCAAGUCUGUUGUCAAAGGUGGAGCAGCUGACAUGGACGGACGUUUGGCAGCAGGUGACCAGUUGUUGAGUGUCGAUGGGCGUAGUCUGGUUGGCCUAUCACAAGAGAGGGCGGCAGAGCUGAUGACGAGGACGGGCUCAGUUGUGACUCUGGAAGUUGCCAAGCAGGGAGCCAUUUAUCACGGACUGGCAACCCUGCUCAACCAGCCGAGCCCCAUGAUGCCAAGAGCAUCAGAUCGAGGCCGUGAAAAGAACGGGAAAAUGCGACCAAAGAGCGAAGGCUUCGAGUUGUACAACAGCUCGGUGCAGAACGGCUCUCCUGAGAGCCCACAGGCUGGCUGGGACUCUUACCCUGAACCAAAGAAGAUGAGCGGCGAAGAUCGACUUCUGAAGAACCGAGCCGACCACCGCUCCAGCCCCAACGUAGCCAAUCAAGGCCAGAGUCCUGCAAGCAAAUCGGUGUAUCCUGGAGGACCUGGCACUAAGAUCACUUCUGUCUCCACUGGGAACCUGUGUGCAGACGAUGAGCCUUCCCCUCCCCGUCCAGAGGCCUACCCCAUCCCCACCCAGACCUACCCCAGGGAGUACUUCACCAUCCCAGCAUCCAAGAGCCAGGAUCGAGUAGUGGGUCCAGGACAGGGGCCCGCACAGCACUGGCAGGGCAUGGAGGACAGAGAACGCCUCCCUGUGGUUGAUAACAUCCACAACAACAGCAUGCAGCGGAUUAACCACUCCCAGGAGGAGUUGUACCCACCACCAGGAGUUCUGAGGCCGGAUGACCGCAUGCAGCCACACUACCAGCAGGACUACCAGCACCGGGACCUUGACUACCAACACAGAGACCUUGACUACCAGCGAGGUCCACCAGGAGGAGGACCUGACCACUGGGCCCCACAGCCACAGGUUUCCUCUUCACUGGAGUCAUCGACAUCCAGCCAGGAGCACCUCAACUUCUCGGCCUCGUCCUCUUCUUCCAACAAGACCCAGAACCAGAAGACCGGCCCGGGCCGAUGGAAGACACCCAACACCCCUCACGCUGUGCCGCCACAUUCAGCACAGGCGCCAUCCCGCUCCGACCUGCCCCCUCCUCCGCCCCCACCUCCAGCUCCUUACCCUGACGCCUAUGACCCCUAUGACCCCCAGCCUGACCUGCCGCUGCCGCCACCUCCCACCGUCGUUAACCCCAUAACCGCACAGCAGGCUGCUGACCGCAAGAAGCGAGAGGAGCAGCAGCGCUGGUAUGAGAAGGAGAAAGCACGGCUAGAGGAGGAGAGGGAGAGGAAGAGGAGAGAGCAGGAGAGAAAGUUGGGUCAGAUCCGGGCCAACCCUGUCAUGCCCGUCCAACCUCACAACAACGGAGGAGCCAUGCCUCCUCCUCACCACCAGCCACCUAUGGCCUCUGUAGGCCCUCCCCAGCCCUACCUCCCCCCACAGCCCCAGCCUCCCCCAUCCAGACCAGAGAAGCUGGCCAGCCUCCCGAGGUCAGCUGUACCUCCCCAGCCAGUGCCUCCCACCCUGCCGGUAACACAUUCAAGCAUGGACACGGUCAUCAGGGAGCUGCUUCCACAGCAGCAGCCACGGACCAUUGAGAGGCGAGACCUGCAGUACAUCACCAUCAGUAAAGAGGAGUUAACGUCCAGCGACAGUCUGUCUCCAGACCCCUGGAAGAGAGACGCCCGAGAGAAAGCCGAGAAGCAGCAGCAGCUUCACAUCGUGGAUCUUCUAGACAAGGAGAUCCAGGAGUUGCAGGCAAAGCCAGAGCGAACAGCAGAGGAGAGCGACCGUCUCAGGAAGCUGAUGCUGGAGUGGCAGUUCCAGAAACGACUGCAAGAGUCCAAGCAGAGCGACGAAGAUGAGGAGGAAGAGGAUGAUGAAGACGUGGACACUAUGAUGAUCAUGCAGAGGCUGGAAGCUGAGAAGAGAGCCAGGUUGCAGGAUGAAGAGCGACGGCGUAAGCAGCAGCUGGAGGAGAUUCGUAAGCGGGAGGCAGAAGAGCGAGCAAAGCAAGAGGAGGAGAGGAGGUGGAGGGAGGAGGAGAGAGCAAAACGAGAGGCCGAGGAGAAGAGGAGACAGGAGGAGGAGUACUACACUCGCCUGGAGGCCGAGCGGCGCCGGCAGCACGAGGAGGCCGAGAGAAAGCUGCUGACGCCUGACGAGCCGGCCGGUCUGUAUCGGCCCCCGCUGCCCCGGGAUUACCAACCUCCCGCCCCACACAACCCUACUAACACCCCCCGCCCCCCCACAGAGAAACCACCUCCUACCUCAAAACCCAGGUCGUCUACCCCCGACACGCUCUACACCGCCAAGUUUGUCUCCUACACGGGCGAUGAGGAAGACGAGGAGGAAGGGAAGGAAGGAUUUAACUCGUACACUGGAAACUCAGCAGGAGUUGUAGGAUCAGGAGAAGUCUACAAGGACCCGCGAGACAAAUGGACGAAGAGUCAGGAGCAGGAGAACUCGAUCCCCAGCGGUGCUCCGGAGAGUCUGACCUUCAAGGAGCGCCAGCGUCUCUUCUCUCAGGGGAAGGAGGUUUCCAACAAGGUCAAAGCUUCUCGCAAACUCAUGGAGCUGGAGAACGAGCUCAACACCAAGCAGUAGACCCGAGCCUUUCAGCUCCCAGCGCCACCUUAACGCCAUCAUCGCCACGGUAACGUUAAGGUGCUCCUGGGAAAAUCCGGGUCGAGAGAGCCGGCGCUUGCUUCCCUCACACUGACCGUCUCCUCCUGUUUGUGUCGUUUCUCCCCCCUCUCUUUAUUUUAAUCAUCAAAUAACUGGACUGUUCACUUUUUUUGACGUAGCGAUAUCGUUGCAACAGGAGAUACAUUUAUGACUUAAAAAUUUCUUCCCCUUGUUAAAGUCUGUCAAAGAUAUAUAAUGAUAAAGCACUGUAAAAAAGUUUUAAUUAUAUCUAGUGAGAAUUUGAGAAUCACACGACAAAGGGGGAUAUAUUUUUGUUUGUAAAAUGGUUCUUGGGGCGAGGGAUGGAGAAAGGUUUAUUCUCAUUUUAAUCUUUUUUAAAUGGCUUACCGAAAUAUGAACAAUUUUAUGGUGUUAUUUUAUGCUCUUUUUUUUCUGCAUCACGUUGUUUUCACACUUUUAAUUCCUUCUUGCCAGCAGAAAAUGCCCAGUGUUGAGCUCCAGACCAACCUUUUAUUUUUCUGUUAUGUUUUUUUUUAUUAUUAUUUACUUCUCAGUGAGUGGAAACACUGUUAUUCAUUCCGUAGCAAGGAAGCAUGGGAUUUUUUUUUCUUUAACGUUUUAGAUAAACUCUGAAAGAUUCUCCAGAGAAGGAUCUUUAAGUGCACAACUUUACUGUAAAUAUUUGGGUCCACAACUGUCUCACUCUUUUACUACUGUAGAAACCUUCCAGGAAACUUAAAAAAAAAACCCUGCAAAACUAAUGUAAUUUAACAUUUUGGUGACAGAAAAUCCAACAACACCACUGCUUCUUGCUGUCAGUGGAGUUGCAUUUUUAAAUGUCUCUCUCCCCCAACUUGAAGUAAUAUUGAUUUUCUUUUCUUUUAGAUGGAAUAGUAAUUUUUUUGCAGAGUUGUGUGAGGUUAAUUUGACUGAGUGUAGCCGAAAUUCAAGCCAGAAAAAUGAACUCUUUCACUCACAAUGUGAUUAAUGUUGGUUUUCACUCUGAUAAUAAAAAAAAAGAGAAAUUACAACUACUCUUUAAGUGCUUGUUUGCUUUACAGAUAUUUAUUUCAAACCUUGUGGAAAAAAACAUACUUGCACAAAAAGUUGUUUUUAUUAUUAAUAUGUAUCUGCAAACUGUUUGGAGAAGUGAAUUACAUUUGGGACCUCUCGUACUGUGGUAAUAAUCUGUGUUUUUCUGCAUUAGAGACAGAAAAAGUGUUCCGUUUUUUACACCAGCUGUAGUCGGAGGGAUUCAGAUAUUUUGACAGAAUUGUGACUGUACAAAUAUAUAUACACACAAUUUCCAUAAUCUCACUCACCACCACUGCUGAUCUGCUGAUGUAGAAAAAAAAAAAAAAAAAACAGGAACGCACUCCAGACCCCCGGUGUGUCCCCGAGUUUUAGAAGAAAUCUGAAAAUAGUGACGUUUCAAAUGUAUCUCUCUUCUGCAGUUCGAGUGACUCCAUCCUGUGUGUGGACUUUUUAUUUUUCUCUCCAGGAGCCUCCACUAAACUACAUGGCGAGAUAAGACGCUGUUAUAAUAACUGACCUGUAAAAACACUACAAGACGUGUCUCCUUCUUCCCCCCCACAACAACAACUCCUUUUUAGGUUUCAAAAUGAACUGAAUCAUUUAAAUGGUUUCAUGUUUAGCCUUUUGUAAAUCAUUAAUAAAUACAGAUUUUUCAACA